GUAAAUUUUAGAAAAGAAAAAUAGUAGCUCAAUCUAUGUAAAAAGUUACGAUUUAAUGAAAAAUUAACUUAGGUGCUUUUAAUAUUAAACCAAAGAUGACGCUUAUGGUGCAUAUAAAGCAGUCUAAAAGCACUCAUUCCCGAGCAGUUUUGUUGAAGUGCUAGUUUAGUACAUUGGAAUACGGAGAACACUUGUUCGACAAUUCGAAAUUUUAAUCAGUUGAAAUGAGGACAUGUCUAAGUUUGAUGAUGCUUUUUGUGAUUAGUACAAGUCGAGCUCUACCAGUAGACCCAUCAUGCGAAGAAGAUCCUGAACUGACCGCUGGCUAUUACGAAGGUGAUAUUGUGUUGGAUGCAUCGCCGCGUAAUGGCAUGCGCAAUUUAAGUCUCCAUUGGCCCAACGGUAUUGUGUAUUAUAAAUUUUGGGAAGGAUUUUUCGAUCUAGUACAAGAAACUCUUAUUAGAGGUGCCAUGAAAACCAUAGAAGAUGUGUCAUGCAUUCGUUUCCUAAAGGCCGACGAUGAUCAGACAUAUUUCAUCAACAUAACAGGCAAUCCUGGUGGGUGUUACUCGAGUGUUGGCUUUACUGACGGCAUUCAACAAUAUAAUCUGGAACCGUAUCCCAUAAAUAAGGGUUGCUUCCGUAUCGGCACCAUAAUUCACGAAAUGUUACAUACACUCGGUUUCUAUCACAUGCAGAGCACUUAUAAUCGGGACGAUUAUGUUCACAUAGUUUCCGAAAAUAUUGAUCCGGAACGUCUGCAUAAUUUCAAUAAAUAUGAGAAAGACAUGAUUGAAGAUUUUGAAGAAGAAUAUGAUUACGGUAGUAUUUUGCAUUAUUCGCCGUUUGCUUUCUCAUCAAAUGGUGAAAAGACUAUAAAGCCAUUGCAGGAAGUACCGGAGGGUUUAAUGGGUCAGCGCGUGUGCUUAAGUGAAGGUGAUAUAAGUAAGUUGAAUAAAAUGUAUGACUGUGCUGAGAAAGAUUAAUACGCAAGUGGGGGACUAUUAAAAACUAAGUUACUUUGGGUGUUGGGUGAUUUAAAUUAUAAUUACAAAAGUGUCUAUAUGUUAUCGGUACCAAGCUUUAUUAUGGCAUAUAAGCGAUAUUUAUAUACCUCUAUUACUUUUUUGGUUAAUAAAUUCAUACUAAUUAUAACUAUUUACAAUAAAUUUGAAACCGUGUGCAUCUAAA